GGAGUACUCUGUAGGUAUUGUAGAUUUAACUCAACAUGUAGCUAAGGAGUAGGCAAAAUAUCUAGAAGGGGUGGGCAAAUUAUCCGGGGCCGAGUACUAUAAGGGUACAGACAUAUGGAUGUAUAAGGAUAUGAAAACAAAUCUUAUAUGCAUAUAAGGUGGGUAAGGGAACAGUAUUGCGGAUGCUAGUUCACAGCAGUAAGUACCCAACAACAGUCAAGCCAAGCUGCAGCAGUUGCCUGGCCAGCCGACGAAUGAUCUCGAGAGCCAGCAUCACUCACCAACGCACGCAAGAACCAACGGUAUCCAUUUCGCAAUCUAAGCAGUAGCAGCACCGCAAGCCACCCCACCCCACGGUAUUGAACUCAGACAGGAGGCAGCCUAACGAGAGGCGCGAUGAACGCAAGCGCAACAACAAGCGCAAAAGCAAGAGCCUUCCAAGCCAAACCCAAGCCAAGCCAGGCAGAGAAAGCCGCACGACCCACAAGCCACGCGAACCAACCCGAGAGAAAAAGAAACAAAAAACAAAAAACAAAAAGCAAGAAAACCAGCUCAGCAAAGCCAAUUAACGCGCAGCUGAACACACAAGAAGCGACAGCGACAGAUAUAGAGCCGAAAAAAACCAAAACCAGAAACGAAAGACAGAUUAACAAACAGACAGCUAAAUGUCCGUAGCGCGUUUAUACAGCAAUAACGACGGCAACGCUCCCCCAGCUGUUCCGGGGAAGAAAACCGCUCGAGCCAGCCCGAACAGAGCAAGCACACGAGACAAAAACA